AUGGCCAUGUACACGCAGCGUUCAACCCUCACGCAGAUAGUACUCGGCUACGGCGGUCUCGCCGUGGUUCUGCUGAUCGUCCUGAUCCCAUACAGCUACAUUGCCCUCACCGCCUUCAAGCCGGCCGAGGAAAUUUUCGACGUGCGUUGGCUCCCCAGGGUGUGGAGCCUGGACGCCUGGCGCUAUGCCAUCGAAUUCGAACAGUUCCACGUCUACAUCUACAACAGCAUGAUCGCCGGGCUGGGCGCCGCGGUGCUGGCGCUGUGCGUCGCCGUGCCGGGCGCCUACGUCUUCGGGCGCAAGCAGUUCCGCGGCAAGGACGUGAUGUUCUACAUCAUCGUCAUGGCGCUGCUGUUUCCCUUCGUGCUGCUCGUCGUGCCGUUCACCAUCCUGUGGGUGAAGAUCGGACUUUACGACACCAUGCCGGGGUUGUGGCUGGCGUACCAGGUGUUCAUCAUCCCCUUCGCCAUCUGGAUUCUGCGCGCCUAUUUCGCCGAGUUGCCGCCGUUCCUCGAAGAGUGCGCCAUGGUUUACGGCUGCACGGCGUUCAAGGCGUUUUGGCGCGUCAUGCUGCCGCUGGCCAAGCCGAUCAUCACCUCGCUGAUGUUUCUCGCCUUUCUGGUCGGCUGGAACGAUUUUCUGUUCUCCAACAUGCUGACGACGGGCGAAGGGCCGCGCACCGCAUCGGUCAUCAUUUACGUCUCGGCAGUAGGCGGCGAGCGCGUCGAGUGGGACGUGCUGAUGGUCAUGACGCUGAUGGCCGGCAUCCCGCCGGUGCUGCUGUAUAUCCUGGCGCAGGGCCAAUUCCUGAAGACAUUCGCCGUUCGCGGCUAA